AUGUCGACUCCGACUGUUAUUGCUAUAGAGGCACACCAGAUUCAAGAGAGUUUCGGCGCCAUAUUCAUUGGUUCAUUCAUAUCCAUGAUUCUGUUUGGCCUCGGCAUAGCACAAUUGUACAUUUAUCGUGGCCGAUUCACCUGUGACCGAAGAGCGUUAAGAUACUUCGUCCUAUUCAUCUUCUUGCUGGAUACUGCAAGCACUAUUUUCACCGCGUGGUGGAUGUACUAUCUUUUUGUGUCCAACUGGGGUGAUGCCGGGAUAUUUCUUACAGGGAAUUGGUGCGGGGCUUUUGCGGGAGGGGCAAUCUUUCUUGUCGUGAAGAAGCUGGCAGACAUUGCAACCAACGUCAUCCGGCCAGCAGGCAUUGUUUGGCUGCUUUCAGCUGCAAUUGGCGAUAUCAUGAUUGCAGCUUCAAUAAGCUGGUUCCUCCAGAGUCAUAAGUCCGGAUUUAAGGCGUCCAAUCAGCUUCUGGAUAGGGUUAUACGAGGGCUUUUGACCGCAACAAUUGCUGUUAUUGACCUGAUUCUGUUCUUAUCUUCGGACAAGCCCAACCAUAUUGACCUACUGACCACGCUCGUACUCACAAAGCCUCCUGAGGUUCUUGUUCACGUCGAAGCACACCAGAUGGUUGACAUCGUGAAACAGGACGCUGAAUGGACACAGGGACCACAGCAUGCCAUGGACAUAUCCAAGAGCGAUCCCGGUUGGGCAAGUUGCAGCCAGAGCUGA